AUGCAUAUUUGGAAUCUACUGGUUUCAUUGUGUUUUAUGCAAAUCGAAAAAAUAUUUAAUAGAGGAAGUGGUGCUCCAACAAAUGGAAGUAGGAGAAAAUGGAAAAAAAGACGAUGUGAAUCACCACAUGACAAUGAUGACAAAGAAGAUGGAGAGCAGCAUCCUUUAAAUGAAUCAGGACCACAUGACAAUGAUAACAAAGAAGAUGAAGAGCAGCAUCCUUUAAAUGAAUCAGGACCACAUGACAAUGAUGACAAAGAAGAUGAAGAGCAGCAUCCUUUAAAUGAAUCCGGACCACAUGACAAUGAUGACAAAGAAGAUGAAGAGCAGCAUCCUUUAAAGGAAUCGAGACCACAUGACAAUGAUAACAAAGAAGAUGAAGAGCAGCAUCCUUUAAAUGAAUCAGGACCACAUGACAAUGAUAACAAAGAAGAUGAAGAGCAGCAUCCUUUAAAUGAAUCAGGACCAGAAUGUCAAAAAAAACUUUUUGAAGAUGAGGACAUGGUUAUAGAUGAUAGUUUUCAUGGCAGUUAUGGUUAUAAUAGUGAAGAUGAGAUGAGUCCACUUUACCCUCUGGAUAGUUCCUUGUUGAGUGAAUCAUCGUUUCUAACAGCUUUGGCCUCUGAGUUGAUGGAGGUCCCAGACAAGGAUGGUAUAGAAGUGGUGAAAAAUACUCAUGCAUUUAAGAUAGGUGAUUUUUUACUAGUUGAAUUCGACCUGGUGAAAAGCAGCAAGAAAAGAAAAUACAUAGCAGAGAUUUUAGAAUUGGCAAAAGGGGAAGAUGAUGAACCCCUCUACAAAGUAAAAUGCUUGAAGAGAGUAGAGGAAAUCUCUUUAAUUGGCCAGAAAUACCUGACAUAUGUAAUAUAGCAGAAACUAAGAUUUUGAAGCAAAUGGACCCUCCAGAAAAGGUACAGAAAAGGAGGUCCAUAAAAAUGUUUUUCCCAAACCUCAAUGAAGAGACAUGUUGACUUUAUCAGUUUAUUUUAGUCUUUUGUACCUUUUUAGUUAUAUAGCUUUUUUUGUCAAUGUUCAUGAUGUGUAAGCAGGGUCGAAUUUAAGCUUUUUAUCAACAAUUUUUUACUGGUCAGCCAGACCCACAGCUGACAAAAUCUAGUCAGACAAAAAAAAUUUUUGUCCUGUCCCAGUGUCAAUUUUUACCCCUGUGUUUAGGUGAUGUUGUUCAAAGAAAAGUUUUAUCCCAGGGUAUUUUAAUUUGCUGUAUGAAUAUAAAGUAGGUUUUAUGUCAUUUGCAAUGAUUUGGGAUGUAGGAUAGUUAAGUGGGAGUGUUAUUUCUCAUUUUUAGAGAGAGAAAGUUGAAAUAUGUUGCUAUACAAUCUCAGGGUCCUUAUCAUGUUUAUAUGCUGUAUGAAUAUGAAGAAGAUUUUUAUGUUAUUAUAUUUUAUUAUCCAUUUUCACAGUUAUAAGUUCAAGUAUUUUGUACUUAAGCAGAGAGUAGGUUAGUUUUUUUGACAGUUCAAUUGUGAAAAUAUUUUCUAUAAACAGAUAAAUGAUAUUUAAAUUAAAUAACUUUGUUUUGAUCAUGUUGUUUCAAACAAGAUAUACAAUUCAUUAAAUCCACAAAUGUCAUGCAGCCCAUGAUUUUCUUAAAAUUUUAUAUAACUCUGUUGAGUUACUUUUCUGGUAAAUGGUUUUGUCUGUCCUAUCAUGUAACAGGUUAGAAAAUUUGAGCCAACAAUACAGUCCAUUGAAAUUAUUUUAAUCUUGCUUAUACCAUGUAUACAGUGCUGGUUUAUUUUAAUGGUGCAAUGACUGUAAUGUGUUAGAUGUUUUGUAAACUUUUAAAGUUAUAUAGUUAUAUUUUGUUAAUGAAUAAGUGAUGCUGUUUAUAGAAGUUGAUAAUGGAUAAGUGAAGAUGUUUAUAGAAAAGUUUAAUCUCAACCUCUUUUUACUUGCGGUAUGAAUGUAAAGUAGGUGUUAAGUCAUUUGUUAUGAUGUUGAUAUUUCACUUUAGCAGGUUUCUUUUUGAAACAAGUUUUGAAAAUGUUACUUAUACAAUCUCCAUGAAAUCUAGGUUUUUAUUUCGAUGUUUUUUUUUAUUGUAGUUAUAUGUAUGACCAUGAUGAAGGUGCAAGUUAUAUAGAAAAUGUUGUGUCUUCUAUAUACUUUUAAGAUGUAUACACUGUUAUUUUUUACUAGACAUGCUAGCUGA